UUUCAGGUUCUGAUCGGGCCGGCGAGCCCAGAACACGGACCCCUGCGGACACCAUGAUCCCUUUCUCUGUCUGAGGAUCUGACCAAUCAGCAGUUAUGAUGAUGCCUAAGCAACUGGCCCAGACAUCUCCAGGAAGCGUCCUGUCUCUGCGGGGGACCAGUGUCCCAGGAUCCCCUGCUGCUGCCAUCGUGGCCCGGGUGGAGGACGGCGUCAUCGGCUACAAGGACCUGGCAGCGCUGCCCAGAGACAAAGCCAUCCUGGACAUCGAGAGACCCGACCUGAUGAUCUACCAGCCGCACUACAGCUACAGUCCUCUGGAGAGGUCUCUGUCUCCUCGCUCCAUCUCUCCUCCUCCCUCCCCAGAGAACUUGUCCAAGGAGUGCAGGGAGUGGCCGGAGAACCGGUCACCUGGAGGUUCCUCACCUUGUUCCACCAUCCAGAGCAGCAGAACCCACAGCUCCCACACACCUCCUGCUCUGAACACCCCCACCACCCCCAACACCCCCAACACACCCAACACACACGCCCUAGGUACCAAGAGUACGGUGCAGCACUUUCACAGGCCCGAAAACGGCUCCAACAUCUAUAAGAAGCCUCCGAUCUACAAACAGGGUGAGUUUCAUGUUUUACUGGAUCUGAUUAACCUGGACAGACCUACAGAACCACAGAUCCACAGAACCACAGAACUACAGAACCACAGAUCCACAGAUCCACAGAUCCAC